GUUCAAUUGCAGUGAAGGUCAAUACUAGUCGUUGGGUUCAGAGUCAAUGGAAAGUGGUGGAAGCCACUGGUAGGCUGGAGAACCAGAUGAAUCUUCCCGCUCAGUCGAGAACGUCAAUCUUUUUCUCUCUCUCUGAGUCUCUACUCUAUCAAUCUACUUGUUGCUCUAUCUUCAGGACCUCUACAAAAGAAAAUUCAGAUAUCAAAAACGAUACGCACUAUAUUCUCCAUAAUAUUUUCCUCCUUCCUUCAAUUUCACCACCACAAAAACAUACACAAUGGACCCCAACAUGAACAAAAUGCUCAAAUGGAGCAUCCAAAACUCCAACCCCGAAACAGCCGACGCCUCCGCCCGCGGCCUCAACCCUGAGAUGCUCUCCUCCCUCCUGGGCGGGCCCAGCGACGCCGACCUAAUGAAAGCCUCCAUGGCCGCCCUGCACUCCCCCGACGUCGACCUCGAGAACAAGCUCGUCGCAUUCGACAACUUCGAGCAGCUGAUCGAGAACAUCGACAACGCGAACAACAUGGAGCCCAUGGGUCUGUGGACCCCGCUGGUCGAGCUGCUGCAGCACGAGGAGUCCGACAUGCGCCGGAUGGCAGCUUGGUGUGUGGGCACCGCUGUGCAGAAUAACGAGAAGGCGCAGGAUAAGGUUGUGCUGUUCAAUGCCGUGCCGAAGCUGGUUGCUAUUGCUACGUCUGAUGCGGAUCCGGCCGCUCGGAAGAAGAGUGUUUAUGCGCUGUCGUCGGCUGUGCGCAACUAUCAGCCUGCUAUGGAUGAGUUUACGAAGCAUCUGCCUGAGUCGGGUCAGUAUCCGAGAGGCGAGAAGGUCGAUGCGGGUGACAUGGAUGCUAUUGAUGCGAUUAUGGAUAAACUGAGGGCGCACCCUGUUGAGUCAUCUUCCUAAAAAAAACAUCAUAAAAAAAGAAAGGGAAAAAAAAAAAGAAACAACAAAAAGGAGAAUAUGAUCAGCAGGACGAGUAUUAUUGCGUUACCAGUUGGCAGCCAUGAAACCUUGAUGGGCUUCUGACAAGAGUGCCUGUGUUACAAUCUGCCUAAAGUGAAGCCUUUUCUUCCCAGGCAGACACAUUGAUCAAACAUUCAACCGUCAUUACGCCAUGGUCGUCGUGUGCCGCAUUCCCCAAUCCCAUGGUAGUCUGGAGGAUACCUAAUACGACGUGGGAGGAAACGCGAGGUCAUCCCCCCGGGAUCUAGGCACCAACUCUCCAUAUACCACGUCCAUGCGGAGGAACUGGAAUGGCUCGCAGGGUGGAAACUCCUGUUUAUCUUUCCUUUUCACACAUCCAGCAUGUGUGCGUAAUCCUCAUCUUGGCGGGGAUUGUCCGCGUGUCGUUUGGAAUUCUAUAGAUCGUGACUACGUGAUUGUACAUUAUUAUACCCAUGAAGAACAUUAGUUUCGUCGUUCCA